AUGACUGCCGAGCAACAAGGGAACACCCUUCCCAGGGAUUGGGAACCCGGGAACACUGCCGCUUCGCCGCCCUCUGCCAACGCUGCCACUUGGCCUGCCGUCGCCGCCGCCACGGCGGGGACCAUCACCGCUUCGCCGCCCGCUGCUGCCGCUGUACCGUGGGGACCCGCCACUGCCGACGCUACGUCAUCGUCGCCGUCGCACACCGCUGGUGGCGCACCAUGGAAUGCAGCCGCCGCCACCGACGCACCGUCGCCGCUGCCGCCAACCUCCGGGACCGCGUUACCCGCCACUGUCACCGCGGCCGCGCCGUCGCCGCUGCCGCCGACCUCCGGGGCCGCCGUGCCGCUUGUGCCUUCGCCAGGUGCCACCGCGCUGCCGCGCCCGAGGACGACCGCGACGAGGACCACCGACGUGGCCGCCGCCGCUUCGUCAUCGCCGCAGCAUACCACCGCAGGUGGAACACGGAUUCAUCAAGCCGCCACCGCCGUGCCCGCGUCAUCGCCGACAUCGCCUUACUCGGGGCAUGCAUCGCCACAGGCGGACUGGUUGUCUUCUCCUAUUGAGCCCGCUGCUCCAUCUUCGACGGCGCGUGAUGAACGGCAAGCCGAUGGUUAGGAAUGGGUUGGUGGGGGCCGGU